AUGGUUGGCAGACCCUUCGUGCGGCUCCUGGGCGCAGCUACCAACCUGCUGGCGGCCUGGAUAUCGCGAGCGCCGCCGUGUCCUGCGGCGCCUACUUGUCCUUCUUCGCCGGCGUGCCCGUCGGAGUCGUGCCCCAACCUCUCGAGCGCCGACCACGACGUGUACGAGGAGCGGUACGGUCAGGGGAACCCAGACAUAGUCGCCGUGGUCUUCAGCCCGACGCGCCAGGCGCUGCAGGGUGUGGACCCGAAUCUGCUGUGCAGGUUCAGGCGUGAGCCGAACGCGAGGGAGACGGUCGCUAUCCAGGACGCUCUCGUGCAGGUAGCCGACCAGCUGUACUUGGACCGCGAGCGCGCUGCUGGCAAGCCGCGCACGCUUCCCGCUGGUGGCUCAUACCUGGAGUUCGACUUCACCGCAGCCGCCCCUGGACCAGGCGUUCCUGGCGCAGGCCCCGCCGCUCUCGCGCCCGCGGCGGGAGCCGCCGCCGGAGCAGCGCCUGCCGCGCCUCUGGUGAGCGUGGCCGGGGCCGGCGCCGUCGCCGCCCCUGCUGCAGGUCCCCUGGCGGCCGCCGCCGUGCCGGCCGCAGGCGCCCCAGCGGGCGCCGCCGGCGCAGCGCCGCCGGCCGCGGCAGGGGUGGUUGGGCCGCCCGCUGAGCUGGCCCCAGUGUGGGUGCUCAUCGAGAGCACGGGUGGUGGCAGUCGUGGCGAUGUUGUCCUGCUCAACGGGACCGAGCGGAUCGAAGGUGACAUCGGCCUCCUGAAGCUGAACGCAGGCUGGGUUGCCAUCCGUCGGAUCUCGAUGGACCCAUCGGUGUACCGAUGCGCGGAGAGCGGGGCGGACAUCAGGCUGGUGGGCGUACCACCUCGACCCGACGGCUCCAGGCAGCGACUGGCUUGGCGUGAGGCUGUGCCGAUGAUGGUAGAUAAUCCCAUCCCGGGGCGGCUGCUCGACGGACCUCGGACCAUGCUCUGGUGCGCGCAAUUCAUCGACAGGAAGCGGAACGGCCCCGUGGAGCACUACAACAGCUUCGUUGCCUUCUAUCAUCUCACGAAGGAGGACUACGAGGUCGCCCAUUAUGAGAUCAUAAUGAACAUGAUCGAACAUCUCGGGUGCUGGGAUCAGUUGAAUGUUCCCGACUUGGUCGGGGCGGAGCUGGCCACUCGCCAGGCACAGCUGUGCGAGUGCAUCUACUCCAUGGAGUUCGAGGGCGACGGCAAGAAGAGGGGCCGAGGUCGGGGAGGAGGGCUCCACCGAUUCGGCAUCGUGGACGAGGCGGCGGUGUUCACAGGGGCGGCCAAGGAGGAUGGCCGUUCCAUGAUAUGCCCGCUGCUGCUGGAGCAUGUCUCCAAACAGGUGGAGCGCGACGCGGGGAUCCUGAAGCAGAUCAGGAAACAGAUCUACCUGUACAUGAGGUCAGUGCGCGGGCGCCUUGAGAAGCGGUCGCACGUUCACGGCAUGGUCGAGGAGAUGACCGACGCGCUGAACGACCUGUGGGGCUGCCCGCCCGUGGCGCGCCGUCAAGCGCCCGCUGGCAUGCCGGUGCCUGCCGCUGGCCACGCCCUCGUCCUCUCGGAGCUCCGACAAGCCGCUGUGAGGUUUGGCCCGUGCCCAGAGGGCUUGGGCGGUCCAGGAGCCCUCGAGGAGCUCCGGAUAUCUCAAUCAUACGAGGGUGACGCCACGUUGGUUGCCCCGGUGAGUUUCGACCUCGUCGACUCCAUCUCCCUGCCUCCUGCCGGCAGCCAGCCCGCCGCCCUGGAGGCUAUCGACGAGAUGGCAGGCCAGAACAUCGCUCGCCGGCUGAAAGAGUUACUCUUGCCCCAACAGCUGGGGGUGGAGCGCAUCAAGGAAGUGGGUCCGAGACGGCUCUACACGGACCCUGCCCUUCGCAACCCGCGCCUCUAUAAAAUGGUGGUGCGGCGGCUUAUGAGCGCCGGGCUGGUGGACUUCUGCAGCUCGGCGGAGUGUUACGUUGGCAUGUUUUUCGUACGCAAGAAGAACGGGUCGCUGCGGAUGAUCCUCGACGGGAGGCACGCUUCGCUUCGGUUUGCGCCCGCAGACCCCGUGGAGCUGGCGACGGGCUCGGCGUUCGCCCAGAUCUCGGUCGACGGCGACGAGCCCAUCAGCAUCGGGGGGGUCGACAUCUGCGACGCGUUCUACCAGAUCGAGCUCCCACAGUGGCUGCGCCGCUACUUCGGGCUGCCCAAGGUGAGGGCUGGCGACCUCGGGCUGGUGAACCUGUCCGACGGCGCGCCCGUGAGACCCUCGGCCUGGGUGGUACCGUGCUUUCGGUGCCCGCCGAUGGGCUGGAGCAUCAGCCUAUGGAUAUGCCAGAGCCUGAACGAGGCGGUGACCGCCCGAGCGCUCCCUGGCCAUUUUGGCCGUCGACUUGUGGACCGUCGGCCCGCGCCUGACCUGCAGCAGGGAAUGGCGCACACGGUCUACGUCGACAACUUCAUCGCCCUGUCCCACAGGCUGCGCGAGGUGCGUGAUGCAGCUACUGCAGUACAGGGGGAGCUGACUGCUUCAGACCUUCCCUCGCACCCCGUGGAGGCAUCAGUCGGCGGGGGCGCGCUGGGCUGGCACUUUGACGAGGACAAGCCCGUGAUCGGCCUCAGCGUUCGGCUACGCUGGCGGCUCCGCCUCGGCAUCGGCGAGCUGCUGGAGCAAGGCUGGUGCAGCGGUCACACCAUGAUGAAGGUGAUAUCGCACUUCACUUCGAGGGCGCUAAUUCGUCGAGAGCUGCUGAGCUGCCUAGGGGCCGUGUACGGCUUCAUGGGCGACGGCGGCCGCGAGAGGCGGCGGCUGACGCCGGCAGUGAGACGGGAACUGGCUUGGUGCCGCGCACUGCUGCCUUUGUGUUUUCGAGACGCCGGGCGGCCCUUGUCGCCUGUCGUGUCCUGUGUGGACGCCUCGUGGUGGGGCGCUGGUGUGACAGAGAAGACCAUCACCUCAGACCAAGCUCGUCGUUUGUCUAUCUUCAACGAACGAUGGAGGUUCAGUCGGGAUGGCGAGCAACAGGUUGCCCCUCGCGACAAGGCCUUAGCCUCGGAGAGCAAGCAAGCUCAGCGUAUCACCUCGUCAUGCUUCAAGCAAGCCUCGUCGGAGCCCUACCGCGAUCCAGCAGUCAUAGCAGCAGCCAUGGAGCAGCAGGUCCCGUUCCGAGUCGAGCCGAAGCCGAAUCAGGGGGAGGAAAUCACGUUCGAGGAGGUGCCCGAGGAGGCCGUGCGGAUCAAGACAUCGAAGCUCGACGCGUCCUGCCCGCCCGCCCAGGCGCUGGGCCUCGGGGAGGAUGACGGCGGCAAUGCUGGUGUCGGUCCUCGACGACAGGGCGGCCCCUGCCGCGCCGGCGAUGCGGGCUCGCAGGAGGCCGACUGCGGCUGCGGGUGCUGUGGGUGCUCGCCAGCUGCAGGGCAGGGCUUGACCCUCCUGGAGGAGUUCCUGGACGGGGGCAAGAGCAGCGCCGUGUGGAUACUGAUGGCGGCCUUUGCCUUCGUGCGUCCGACCCUCGGGCGGCGGCAGUGGCGCCAGCUGUGGGCGGCACGGGCAGCCAAGACCUGGUCAUGCCUGGCGCCGCCGCGGCCGCGGCUGACGCUCUCACGGCCUGUGGUGUGCCUCAUCGUGGUGACGUUGUGCUGCGGGGGCCUGGAGGAGUACGCUUGGCCCACCGCGCCCACGGUCGACCUGUGCCCGAGGCCGCGCGAGGCGCUGGAUUUCGUGCAGUCGCAGCUCAUCCCGCCAAGGCUCACCGCUGCCGAGGCGCUGCACCAGUGGUGCAUGGUCCUCCAGCCGUCCGACAUGCAGACCCCAUCCAUGACAGACGUGCUCGACGAGACCCUGCGGGCGGGCUUCACCCGUUCCCCGAGGGCGCCACGACCCGAGCAGGAGCCGCACCACCGGACGCCCGGUGGCCACCGCCCUUUGCCGGUGGCCCAGGCGCAGUGGAGCGGCCACGUCAAGGCCGUCUUGGCCGGGCUCGGCCUGCAGGUCUGGAGCAGCCUGAUGCACGGGCACAAUGGCGCAAGCCACGAGCUGUUCGCGGCGGCGCGGCCUCUGCGGGACAUCCGCAUGCGCGCCAGGUGGUCGACCGACGCCGCGCUUCAAUGCUACGCCGAGGGGAGGCAGGUGCAGGAGCAUCUUCGCGGGCUGCCGCGCGCCCUGCCGCUAAGUGCCGAGCAGGUCUUCAGCGGCUCGGGGCGGAUGGCGGCAGCGUGGCGCCUGCGUUUCCAUUCGCAGCAUGCCGCUUUCGAGCUGGACAUCCGCCACGACGCCGACAGCGACCUCCUCCUCAGGCGGAUCAGGCAGCUGGUUCGAGGCUGGGUGCGGAGUCGGCUCAUCGUCGCGAUCUGGAUUGCGACGCCCUGCCAGUCCAUGAGCCGCGCCCGCAACCGCCCCAACGGGCCACCACCCUUGCGGACGGCUUUGUUUCCGCUGGGGCUGCCAGGCCUGUCGCCAGGAGAUCAGCUCAAGGUCCUCGAGGGCAAAGAUGCCUCAGGCAUUUUCUGGACGCACAUCGCAGAACCGUACCCAAAAGAUUUUUGCAGGCUGGUAGCUAAGUGUUUCCAACAG